UAUUGGAGGAGCCGCCAUGUCCGGCUGCGGGGACCAAGGCGUGGAGUUGCGCUGCACUUUCCGCCCCCUCCCUCAGAAAACCUUCGCAGCCCUCGAAAGCAGAGAGACCCGAGACCGCCUCCUCAAAUGGUCCAUGGAUGGGAGAAUCACAGCACAGGCUUUCAGCUUUGAUCAGACUCUCAAAGACUAUCAGAAAGAUGACUUUCUUAUGGCCUUUUUUAAUCACCCAGAUGUUAAUAGCAAUUUGAAAUUGCUUUCAGCUUCUGGACAAUGGACUACUUUAGAUACCAAUGUGAGAAAAGUUGAGGUCAAGACUCUUCUAUGUACAAAAGUUUCAAUGUCAUUUUUUGACCGAUUAUACUGUGAAGGAGUUGUUCGAGAAAGUGGAAAUAUUGUAAAGUGUUUGGAUGAAUACCAUGAUGGGAUUCUCAUUGCAGAUGAGCUAAGAAAGGUACUUCUUCUAGAAGACUCAGACCAUUAUGACUUAUUCAGCCAUUCAGACCGUGAGGAGUUUCUUUUUUGUCUCUUUAAACAUCUUUGCCUUGGAGGAGCUCUCUGUCAAUAUGAAGAUGAACUUGGUCCAUACUUGGAGACAACAAAAGCUUUAUAUAAAGAUUUAUUGAGUGUUCAAAAGAAUCCUGAAACUAAGGAGAUAAAUAUAGUAUCUACUGUCUUUAAAGUCCAUGCUUAUGAUGCUCGUGGCCUUUGUUAUCCUUCAUGCAAUAACCAUGAACAGAACUUUGCCUAUUUCAUUGUGAAUCCUUUCAAACGACAUAUCUAUGUUUUGUACCAUUCUUUUGGUGGAGUUUUGUUCUGUAAUUGACUGCUCUUCAUCAAUAAAAAAUAUUUGAUUGUUUUUAAAUAUUAGUUCAUGCUUUUCAGUUACAUAUACACAUUGAGUAUGUAUUAAUUCACAAGCAUACUAUUUGUAUUAAUGUUUAAAAUGGUAUGUCCAUACCAAUAUUUGUAGAGUAUACUACCUUAACAGUUUACUGUUGUUGAAUUGGCCAGUAUACUAUGUCUUAUUUGUUGUAAAUAAUGAUAAAAAUUAAUAAACUAUAGAACAGU